GUGAGCCCCAGCCAGCCCUCAGCCGCAGGAAUCCGUUAACGUCAAUGCACAACUAACGCCUUCAUGCAACGCAACUUACCCUUGAACAACUCUUAAACAUUUAUCGAGAUAUAGAUCGCAGUGCAUUAUCCGCCGCCUUUGCCUGACACAGCCUUUACUCGUCCACCAUGCCGACCACCCGACGCUCCACCGGCGGUGCUCGCGCACGCCCCGGCCCGACAAAGGGUCAGUCGACCAUCAGCUUCUCCAAUCGAGUUACCAAGAGCGUGCCCAGAGACGCGGCGAAGAAGAACGCUGUCGCCGCCCCCGCGGUUGCCAAGGUCUCCGAGCCGGAACCGGAACCGGCAGCCUCCCCGGCCGAGGAAGAGGUCGAGGACGUCAGCGUCCCUGACGUACUAGCCGCCGAAGAAGACGAGCCCGAGGUUGAGGCGCCACAACAGCAGCAGCACGACGAUGAGCCGCAAAGGUCCGAAGCCGAGAUUCGGGCGGAGAAGAUCACCGAUGCGCAGAUCAACAAGUAUUGGAGGGACGUGGAGAGCCAACGCAAGGCGUCGCGAGUACACCAAGAGGGGGUCGACACGAGCGAGAAGGUGCUGCGGUACUUUGACGUGAGCUCUCAAUACGGGCCUUGCGUGGGAAUCGGUCGCAUGAAGCGCUGGCAGAGGGCAGAGCGCCUUGGUCUCAACCCUCCGAUCGAGGUGCUUGCUGUGCUGAUGAAGGAGGAUCGCAAGGGCACCAAGGAGGUCGAGACGGCGCAGAUUGAUCACAUCUUGAACUCGAUUGCAGUUGGUGCAUGAUAUUGUUCGACAUGCGUGCUUUCCUUUCACUUUUGCUUCACGAUGGGUUUUGAGCUCCGGCGUUUUGGGCUUGGCUUGUAUCCGCUUGCUACACACAGCGGAAUUUGUACGAAAGUGACGUGAAAUACACCCUAUUUGGCCAUACACUUAGUGGCUACGAGAC